CGUGUUUGGACGAUUAUAAUGUGAUUAUGUGAUAACUAUAUAGUUCUAAAAAUAAAGACUAUUUAUACAAGAAAAGCCAUUAAAAUAUCAUUAUAAAAUCAUAAUCUAAAUUGACUUUAUCAUUGUGUUUCACUCGAGUUUAACUGGAAAACGUAAAUUCAGCCAUAAAACAUGCACGCGGCAUUAUUGCUUGCGUGCGCGGCGCUCGCGGCGCAUGGUGCGCACGCGCAAGUCGAACGCCGGCUAGGCAACUUCAGAGAAGUAUUCGCUUGGAAGCAGAUGACAUUUAACAUUAACGGACAGACACUUCUCCGGGACCGUUUCGGCAGCGACGGGCUAGAAGAGGACAGCAGACAAAAGAGACAGACUGAUGAGGUCGUCUUUAACAACCACGAAGAAGAACCUGAGAGGAACUGGAACCAGAAUUCAGGGUCAUCUUGGAUUCGGCCACAAAGACAAAUGACUUACUUAAACCGAUUCACUUCAAGGCCCGAUUCGAACACGGGACCAAUAUCUACAUCUACAACGACCAGACCAACUUCGCCAAAUGAUGAAGCCGGUCGAUUCUUUAUUCAAUACAACAAUGUGCCCAUGGGGAUGGAGAGGGUUGGCAACAGACUCUUCGUUUCCUUGCCUAGAAGGAGACAUGGAAUCCCAACAACACUGAACUACAUAAACCUGGACCGGGAAUCGAACACGCGCUCCCCCGCUCUGACCCCCUAUCCAGACCUCAGGCAAGGCAGGCGCCUGACCUCUGUGUACCGGACCCGCGCCGACCAGUGCGGGCGGCUGUGGAUGGUUGAUACCGGACUAAUGGAAAUACCUAAUAACCCUCAACAGGCCCAGCCCCCGGCGAUAGUCGUAUUCGAUCUGGCCACAGACACCGAGAUCCUAAGAUAUCCGUUCAAAAGUACGGAUGUGCCAGCCGCCAACACUCCUACUGGUCUUGCUUCCAUCACAGUGGACGUCAUAAACGGAGACUGCUCCAACACAUUCGCCUAUGUACCAGAUCUGACCACGUUCGGCAUUAUUGUGUUCUCCCUGCGAGAAAGAGACAGCUGGAGGCUGCAGCACAACUAUUUCAGCUUCAAUCCUACUGCUGGGAAUUUGAAUAUUGCUGGGCACCGGUUCCAAUGGAGCGACGGCAUCUUCAGCAUCACCCUGAACGACCCUGACCCCAGCGGCUGCAGAACUGCUUACUUUCACCCCCUCAUAAGCACAGAGGAGUUUUCUGUAAACACGUGCGUGUUGAGGAACAGAACAGCCAGCAGCGAUAGCGACUACUUCCAGAGGUAUUCGGUGGUAGGCAACCGCGGCGAGAACUCCCAAUGCACGAUGCACGGCUACCACUCCGCUUCCAGCGUCAUCUUCUUUGCCGACAUCGGUCGUAAUGCUGUGUCCUGCUGGAAGACCUCCAACAUCCUAAACCCUGGCAACGUGGCUGUGCUGGCGCAGGACAGUACUCGAAUGAGCUACCCUUCUGAUCUUCACGUGACAGACGACGAAGUGUGGGUGAUGGCGAACACUCUGCCCCGCUUCGGCUACUCGCGCCUCGACCCCAACCAAUACAACUUCUACAUCUACAGGGGAAAUGUAAACGACCUGAUCACGGGAACAGUAUGUGAUGGACGCACUUCCUUCGCUGGCUGAAGAUAAGAUAAAAAAGAUCAAGAUAAGAUAAGAUAAGAUAAUUUUACAUUUUUAAUACAGUACAACAAUUUUGAUUCAAUUGUUUCUUUUUAAUACGUUCUUUAUUUAAUAGCAUACAAAAGUAAAUUUACAAGUAAAGAUUAAAAACCUAAAGUUGCCUUUUAA